UAUAUUAUUGUUAUUAUAACUCUGGCAGCUUAGUUUUUAAUAUUACAAAACAAAUUUAACAAAAAUAAACAUAAGAUUUUGGAUAUUAACAAUAUUUUGUAUUAAAUAUUUAGUUAUUUAUAUAAUAAUAAAUAAAUAUAAUAAAUUUAUGUAAUAAAUCAUAAACAACACGUUUAAAUACAAUGGCUGACAAGGAACCCCUUACUAAAGCACAAAAUUCUGCACGAGUAGCUGAACCCGGUGAUGGCAUACGACAGGUCAAGACCACCAAUGUAUUUCGUUUGAUAAAUUUCGAAUUGUAUACAAGGCCGAAUAAAAUUGUUAUGGGUGUUGGUUUGGCCUGUAUUACCGGUGUUUUUGGCUAUAUAACCUAUAUGAGAUGGAAAUAUGAAAGUUUGGGCUAUUAUACGGCUGUUAGUGAUGAUGGUAAAGAAGUUUUUAUUAAAAAAGAAUCUAAAUGGGAUACAUAAGUUAUAAGUAUAAAAACUUUUGUUUUUUGUUGUUGUUUAAAAAAAAAGUUUUGAAAAUAUAAUUUAAAAACGAAA